UAUAACAUUUCGUAGCCCCCCGAUCCAUACUAUCCAAAAUGAAUAUCAAAGAUUAAAAAAACACAUCUUACUUCACUUUCUAAAGAUAAGAUUGAAUUAAUACAUACUAGCUACCAUCCCAACUACUAUCUAAAGGUUCCAUAUUGAUUCUUACUUCCAUCCAUUAUAUAUAGAGCACACUUUCUUACUAUUUUUCUCAUCCUUCACUACCAAAUAUCACAUUUUGUUCGAUCUUGAGUUGAGUACAAUGGAUUCCAAAAAUGCAAUCCUCAUCCUUGGCAUAUUGGCCAUGCUUCUUCUUAUCUCCUCACAGGUUUCAGCUAGGGACUUAGCUGACACUUCCACUAAUACCAAAGAUGUGGUUGUUGAAAAAUCACAUGAAUUAAAUGAUGCCAAAUAUGGUGGUAGAGGCUACGGUCCAGGUGGUGGUUACAAUGGAGGUGGAGGUUAUAAUGGUGGUGGUGGUGGUUACAAUGGUGGUGGUGGUUAUCAUAAUGGCGGAGGUGGUUACCAUGGUGGUGGUGGUGGUUACAAUGGUGGUGGUGGUUACCAUGGUGGAGGUAGAUGCCGAUACGGCUGUUGUGGUGGUGGACGUUACGGGGGUUGCAGGUGUUGCUCAUAUGCUGGUGAAGCUGUUGCUGUGCACACUGAGGACAACACUCGUAACUGAAUAUUAUCAUGUCAUCAUGCAUGAUGCACUUUCUUAGAAAUAAAUUUUAUGAAUAAAUAAUGAUGUGUGUUGAGAAUAAGAGGUAUAGAUAGACAGCAAUUUGUGUUGUUGUGUGUUAUAUAUCUUGCAACUAUAUAGUAUAGAUAUUUCACAUCUGUGAAAAUCAUGUAUAACUACAUCGUUACUAUGUAUAUGUGAUGAUGAGUUAAAGUUUUAAGUUUUAACAAAAAUGGUGAAAGUGUUAUGAGUUAAAUUAUUUCAAAUAUCAUGGUUGUUGAUA